ACCACAAUUCGAGUGUAGUGUGGUGCGAGUAGGGUAACUAGAACUAGAAAGAACAAAUCGAAUUUCGAAUAGCCAUAGCGGUAUCCGACGUCCGAGCCCACAUAUGUGAAAGAAUUAAUUUGACAUAUUUCUAACAUACAUAAUAUAUUUUACCUGGACAAAAUGAGCAAGAGACAAAAACUGGGCUCGCUUUCGGCAUUAAGAACUUUACGUUCUGGGAAAACGCUCGUUACUGCGAAAUCUUCAGAAGAAACAUCUCCUUAUUUUGCUCGUAAAAAGGUAACAUCAACAAAAACAGGUGCGAAGAAACGAGCACAAAUCAAGAUCGAAUACAAUACGGCAGAGGACGAUACGAGCGUUGAAAAUACCGAGGUGAUAUCAACCGUACAAAUAAAGAGCGAAGAUAUGAGAAAAUCGACAGAUACAAAAACUGUCAAUACCAAAGUACUUGAGAUAAAAAGUGAAGAUGUAAAGCAGUCAAAGGAUGCAAGUGAUAUGAAAAUCGAGAAAAGUGAAGUUGUAAGAGAUGAUACAAAUCCGAAGCAUGUCAAAGACGAGAAGCAAAGUCAGUGGAUGCCUCCUAACUGGGAGACUAUUUUGGAAAAUAUUAGAGAGAUGAGGAAGCACAAUACAGCACCGGUUGAUGAGAUGGGUUGCCACAAGUGUGCAGACCCCAAUGCCAGUCCAUCGGUGUCUAGGUACCAGUCAUUAGUAGCACUGAUGCUGAGUAGUCAGACAAAAGAUCAAGUUACACAUGCUGCUAUGCAGCGUCUGAACAUUUAUGGUUGCAAACCAGAUAUAAUAGCUGAAACCCCUGAUGAUGUUCUGGGCAAACUCAUAUAUCCAGUUGGAUUCUGGAAGAGGAAAGUAGAGUACAUAAAGAAGACAUCAGUUAUCCUCUUAAAUAAAUAUAAUGGUGAUAUUCCUAGAACUAUAAAAGAAUUAUGCGACUUACCAGGGGUAGGCCCUAAAAUGGCUCACAUAUGCAUGCAAAUUGCAUGGGGAGAAGUAUCUGGCAUUGGUGUAGAUACGCAUGUUCAUAGAAUCAGCAACAGAUUAGAAUGGGUAAGAAAGCAGACAAAGACACCAGAGGAAACGAGAAAUGAGCUGGAAGAUUGGCUUCCUAAGCCUCUGUGGAGCGAAGUAAAUCAUCUUCUCGUAGGAUUUGGCCAAGAAAUUUGUCUACCUCGGUUCCCUAAAUGUUCAGAGUGCCUCAACAAAGAUAUCUGUCCAUAUGACAGGAAGAAUCGUGGAAAGAUAAAGAAGUGAUAAGUGCAUAUAUACA